AAGACACAUACCAGCAAUACUGGCAGACGAGCGCGGAACAAGCUGCAGAGAACAAGGACCGCGUUGUUGUUCGUAAAACGAAACAAGAGACAGGCUCCUGUGGGAGUACGAGACAGGCAUGCUAUUGUCAAUAUCAGACGAACGCGAAGCGUAAGUCCUUUUGGUAUGUUGAAGACAGCUUUCUUGUUCGGGGCCGCCCGUGUAUAUAAGCCUCCGUAGAACGCCCACUGAAGACAUCUUUCGUCUCUACCAUCACGCCAGUGAGUAAGACCUCUCGAGGUUCGCGGCCUGCGUACUGAUGUCAGACAGGUUCUGCUCUGUCAUGGCUGGACACCGUGCGUUCGGUUACAAACUCACGUAUCAGUGGAUCCUCGACCGCGCCAAAAAGAUGGGCAUGGAACCCGUAGACGAUUCUGCUGACGCCAGGGCAGAUGUUAUGGUAGAGCUGCUGACCAUUCUCGCCGCACAAUCCGACUUGUCCCGACAUGUCGCGCCAGUCUCUGUCAAAGGCAAAGACGUCAUUGCCUUCUGUCUUGCCUCCACUGACCCCACCAACGGGCUACCCCGAAGGGUGACGGAUGCUGAAAGGAUUGAGAAGCUCAGACAGAUGAUUGGAGUGGAUGGGCCUCCGAAUUGGUGGUGGGAGGACUAAUGGGGCAAUCCGCUCGACGCGCCGCGGACAGAUGGUCACGCUCUCAGUACCACCCCCCGGUAGUUCUAGGCCUAUGUCUCGCUCAGAAAUUAAUGCCUUGGUCGCCACUUUACAACAUAUGCAUGAGUGGUCAUAACGGCGUAACUAUGUGAGAUUCGGGCGGCCUCCAACAGCCUGAGCUUAAUAC